AUGUUUACUUCACAUAUUUUGUUCAUGCGGAGUAAUUGGCCUAUUUGGAACGCAUUCAUGUCGCCAGUGGCGUCUCCAAGGCCGUUGGUAAGCGAUAUCAGUGGCUGCGGCUACCAUCUAGCGACAAUGCUGGGUCUUCUGCCAGCGCAGGUCAUCAACGUCUACCUCGGUUCUACACUGCGGUCCAUGCACGACGUACUCCACGAGUCGCACGUGACUGGAUACAUUGUCUUCGCCUUUCAGAUACUGAUCGGCAUAACCCUCAUGGUAUGGGUGGUGCAAAAAGCGCGGAAGGAGCUCACGAUAGCCAUCAUGCAGGCGGAGCUCGGCCGUGAGACGAUAUCCACGUCGAGCAGCUCUUCUAUCAGCUAG